CAGUUGAAAACUACGUUUAUAAACAUCAUAAAAGUCACUCGCCCGCCCCUAUUUUGCUUUUGGCUCCUGCAAUCUGAAUGCUACUUUGUAGUUUUUGUAUCCUGGACGUAUUUGUAUCGAGGCACUUAGAGUAUUCUCGGGGAGUAUAAACCGGCGGAUGUUUCAAUACAGUGGCAUCUAACACCAUCAAACCAAUAGGACCAGCUCAGUCUUUGAUUGGAGGAGUCUGGAGUCGAGACUGCAUUCGCACUAAUUCGUCAAACACGGCGCCGCGGCUCGCGGAGGUCAGCCUGGACCGCCAAAGAAGGACUCGGACUUCAGGAGAAAUAUGCCGUCACUAGCAGACAGCAAGAGAUCAAAGUUGGACGCGGUCGGGCGGCACGCGCUGCUCGUGCGCUGCGGUGGCCGCUCGUGCUCGGGCGUGCUCCUCGACGGCGACCCCGACGGGCUGGACUGGCGGCCAGAUGGUGCGCUGGUGCUGGUCCCGGGGAUGCUGCUGCACGGGCUCGGCGUCCUGGACAGCAACAAGUCGGCCGGCGGCGGCAAGAUAGUCAUCCGGCGGCGCGCUAUCCCAGCCCUGAGCGUCGUCCUGAGGCGGGGGAGCAUCAAGCCACGCGCCGUGUCCCCGCCCCUCUCCGCGGGGGAGCCCAGCGUGGGCGCGGGGCUGUCCACGCCGCCCCCGCUGGAGGAUGACCUCGCCGAGGUGCAGGCGCGCGUGCUGGUGGCGUGGCGCUGGCCCAAGCUGGCCGCCGCCCUGCCCCAGGUCCUCGCCGAGCUCCGCCUCAGCAGCGACACGGUGGGCCUCGAGUCGUCCGCCGCCGAGCAGUGGCCCUCGCUGCAGCCCACCAUCCGGGACGCCAGCACCUGCGACGACUCGAGUCGGGAGGUGCGCGCGCUCCUGUCCAUGUUCCUGCUGCUGCAGCUGCAGCCCGUGCCGGAGCAGCGCGCCGGCCUCGGCCCCGUGACGGACACCCUCCGCCGCCUGCUGCCGCGCGUCCCCGGCGUGCCCCCGCGCGGCGCCGCCGUGUGCACGGCCUCCGCCCCCCUGGGCGCGCCGGGGCUGCUGGGCGCCGUGUGCCAGGGCGUCGUGUCCGGCGCGGCCGCGGGCGGCGUGCUCACGCUCACCGACGCCAGGGUCACGCCCGGCUGCGAGGGCGCCGGCGUCUACAACCUGGCCGCCGCGGCCGCCGCCCUCCCGUGCGCCGUCGUGCUCUCGCCGCUCACCUGGUGGCGCGGGGAGGCCGUGGGCUUUACGCUGUGUCUUGGGCUGCGCCGCCUGCUGUUCGACGCCGUGCUCCAGCUGGAGCUGCGAGCGCGGGCGGCUGGGCGUCGACCUCGCCCCGCCCUUCCCCCGACUGCACCGGCGUUCGACGGUGACGCCACGGACGACGUCGAUCUUUACGGUAUCGACAACAGCGUGGUCCUGGUCCGUUGCGCUCACAUGUGGGGGUCUGGCGUUGUCGUCGGCAAGAUGGGCAACCCGGGCAGACCCGUCAUCCUCACCUGCGCGCACGUCCUGGUCGAGGACAGGGGGGUGACCGUGUGCUGGGGUGAACACUCGCUUCCCGCCGUGGUCGUAUGGCGCUCGGCGGACGGCGAGCCCUUCGACGUCGCCGUGCUCGAGAUCGUCGCGGACAAUCCCCUGGUGCACGAGCUCCGGCCGCUGACCCUGGACUGCCGCCCGCCUCGCGUUGGCGAGCCCGUGAUCGCAGCCGGCUUCCCGCUGUUCUCCGAGCGCUCGGCGGCCGACCCUGGCCGCGUGCUCCGCCCGCUGGUGUCGCGGGGGGAGGUGUCGGGCUGGUGGACCUCCGCGUCGAGCCAGAUCCUGACGACGUGCAACGUCCAGUCCGGGGCCAGCGGGGGCCCCCUGCUGCGGCCGGGGCCCGACAAGCCCACCGUCGUCGGCGUCCUGGUGUGCAACGCCCAGGUCGGCAGCGGCAAGGACGCUGUCGUCUACCCUCAUGUCAACUUCGCCCUAUGGGCCGAUGCCAUCGAGGGACCUGUCAACUCGUACCUUAAAUCUGGGGAUAAGGAACAUCUCACCCAGCUUCAGUGUAAAAGCAAAGCGGUGCACCGACAGUGGAAACUACAGCCUCCCAGUAUGUGUAAACUGUGAUCGAAGCAUGUUCCAAGCUAAAGUUCUGUGAUGAAAUGUGACGAUUGACUCAUUCAUUCCAUUCGACGACCUAACUGCCUUAUAAAACUGUUGAUUGUUGUGAUGACUUACCAUUCAUUGUUUAUUUGUAUUUGAAAAAGUAUUGUAUUUUCUUAUGUCUACCUCCUUUUAUUUGCAUCGACAUUGCCAUUCAAAUAAACGCAUUUUACUAAAGUUA